AUGGUGUUCGCUGAGCUCUUGGAGCGAGCUGGGGGCGUGGGCCUCUUCCAGGCCCUACAGGUCGUGACUCUCCUCCUCCCCUCCAUCUUCCUACCCUCCCAAUUACUUGUGGACAACUUCUCGGUCGCCACCCCGGGCCACCGCUGCUGGGUCCACAUGCUGGACAAUGGCUCUGAGGUCCCCACAAACCUCACUCCCAAGGCCCUCCUGGCCAUCUCCAUCCCACUGGGUCCCAACCAUGAGCCCCACCAGUGCCGCCGCUUCCGCCAUCCACAGUGGCAGCUCCUGGAGCCCAACACCACGGCCACCAACUGGAGUGAGGCUGCCACGGAGCCGUGUGUGGAUGGCUGGGUCUACGACCACAGCACCUUCACCUCCACCAUCGUGGCCGAGUGGGGCCUGGUGUGUGACAACCAGAGCCUGAAGCCCAAGGGCCAGGCCGUCUUCAUGGCCGGGAUCCUGCUGGGGUCCCUCACCUGGGGCUUCCUCUCCUACUGGUUUGGGCGGAAGCCAAUGCUGAGCUGGUGCUGCCUGCAGGUGGCCGUGGCCAACACCAGCACCAUCUUUGCCCCCAAUUUCCUGGCCUAUUGUGGCCUCCGAUUUUUGAGUGCUUUUGGAUUGGCCGGCAUCAUCCUGACCACGGCGACACUCUUGGUGGAGUGGACCACGACCUGCAGGAGGGAUUUCACCAUGACGAUGCUGGGAUGCAUCUAUAGCACAGGCCAGAUGGCCCUGGGCGGUCUGGCCUUCGCCCUGCGGGACUGGCGAGCCCUCCAGCUGGCUGUGUCGACACCUUUCUUUGCCGUCUUCUUGAUAUCCUGGUGGCUGCCAGAGUCUGCACGAUGGCUAAUUAUUACAGGAAAACCAGACCGAGCACUUCAGGAACUCAAAAAGGUGGCCAGGAUAAAUGGCCACAAGGAAGCCAAAAAGACACUAUCUAUGGAGGUGCUGAUGUCCAGCAUGAAGGAGGAGGUGGCCUCUGCAAGGGCGCACCAGUCGGUGCUGGAACUGUUCCGCGUGCCCACCCUCCGCCGGAGAAGCUGCUGUCUGUGCGUGACAAGCUUCGCCAUCAUGUUCUCUUACUAUGGGCUGGUCUUCGACCUGCAGAACCUGGGGAGUGACAUCUUCCUCCUCCAGGUCCUCUUCGGAGCCGUGGACUUCCUGGGCCGGGGCGCCAACACCUUUUUGCUACGGUUCUUUGGCCGCCGUGUGAUCCUGGCCAGCUUCCAGGCGAUGGCCGGGCUCUCCAUUCUGGCCAACAUACUGGUCCCACGAGACUUUCAGACUCUGCGUGUGGUCUUCGCUGUUCUAGCAAAGGGAUGUUAUGGUGUCAGCUUAACCUGCUUCGCUGUCUACAAACCUGAACUCUUUCCAACUUCACUGCGGAUGACAGCAGAUGGUUUCCUGAACUCAGUAGGUCGGCUAGGCGCUGUGACUGGACCCCUGAUCCGGAUAACCCGCCAGGUUCUGCCCCUGCUGCCCGCCUUCUCCUACGGUGUCAUCCCCAUCGCUUCCAGCCUCAUUCUCCUGUUUUUCGUCCCGGAGACCCGGGGACUUCCACUCCCUGACACCAUCCAGGACCUGGAGAAGCAGAGACCGGCAGUGGCCACGGGCAACCGACGAGAGGUGAUCAUUAUAGAAAGCACCUGGUUCUAGAAAUUCUGCCUGUGUGAAGCCCCAUUGACCAAAGAUCCCUAUGGAGGGAAUUGCCUCAUCUCCAGAGGGUGGAAGCCUUGAGGUUUUGGUACGGCAGGGGCCAGGCAGCCCUCUGCUACUCUCCCUACCCUGGUCAGACUCUCCACCCACCUCCGCCCAACAGGAGCCCACUAGGCUGCCCUCAGGUCCACUUCAUUAACAAGAUGGGUCCCCUCCAUUCCCUGCCAGUCUCACAUCUUCAUACCUUCUCUCAGCCCCCCAACCCCCACUUCACAGAACCUGGCUCUGUAGGUUUCUCACCUCUGAACUUCCAAAACAGAUCACAGGACAGACAAGGACAGGGUCCAGACAGACGUGGGUUCCAGUCUCUUCCCCACCACUUACAGAGUCCUCAUCUGUAAAAUGGGAAUGAUCGUGGGACCUACCUCCCAGGGUAGGUGACAGGGCUAAUGGGUCUUAGCACAGACCAGAGCCCCACAAGCAGAACUACUAACAGAGCUGCCAGAUAUGGGUGUCCAGGUCGUGCCCUGCCCCAAGGCACCAGCUAAGGAGGCA